GUCAACCCCGCGAAUGGCACCACCAACUCGGGCCGCUAUGGCUGGGUCUCGUCACCUGAUACCAGAGGCACUAUGGAUAUCAUUUGGCCAUGCCUCAGCAACUUGGGUACUCUGUUUAUUCUCCAUGUUGCAUUUAACGUCCCGGGACGAGAUGAAGGAUCCACGGCACGCCUCCUUCGUAAGCUCAGUUGGUUUAUUCUCGGCAUCUUAGCGCCCGAGCUACCUAUGCUAUUCGCCUUCGCUCAGCUGUCGUCCGCUCGCCAGUCAGUGAAGGAUAUGAAGGCCCUCGGUCUCGAUUGCUGGACGGUGACCCACGGUUUUAUGCUGAUAGUGGGGGUUUCCUGCUCGAGAUGCCUGGCACAAGCCACCCAUUUCCCAUCACUGCCAAACAACUUGUAUACCUAGUUGCACACAGUUACAUCGAAACUCCCACAACCCAAGAGGACGAAAUCAACGACAAAAGUACCGCUGAUUCUAUAACCAAGUGCCUCGUCCUCUUCCAAUCCAGCCGGCUUAUCACCGUACUUAUUACCCGCGCUGCCUGUGGGUUACAAAUUACACCAUUCGAAUUGACUACAGCAGCCCUCAUUUCCUGCUCGACUGUCACUCUGUGCCUGUGGUGGCAUAAGCCCCUUGACGUGAUGACGCCGACCAGUAUCCACGCCAAAUGUCACAUUCACGAACUUCUAGACAGGGUGACCCACCUUUGCAAUCGCCCCACUUUGCAAUUUUUCCCCCACACCGCCAACUUCCUACUCUCUACCUUCCACCACCAACAACUUCCUCAAUACUGGUCGGAAUAGGCUCAAAAUACGAUGGUUCGACGC